AUGUCCCAUGGGCUGUCGGUGCCAGACCUGCGUCUGACACCCGAGCCAGAGAUGCUGAAGCCAUCCAUCAUCAUCAUCAAAGUGUCGAUGCACAUGCCUCAAUUGGGGGAGCUUCGACGGGUGUCGUUGACGUUACCCAUGGUGAAAGCCAACCCCAAAGUCCGUCGGGUCCCCAUCGAUCGGAGCCACGCGGCGGCGUUCCAGAAGUUGCUAUCGUCCUUCGACGAAGGAGACAAUGUCCGCAGGUGUAUCGUAACCACACCGCUCAACUCGAUGCUGCAGUCCAUCGUCUCGGCCGUCGUGACGGACAUCGACAACACCAAGAUCGCGCGGAGGGGUCGGGGCACGCCGUCACUCUGA